AGCGCCCGCCGCCCUCCGCCGCCGUCGUCGUCGUCGUCGGGUCUUACGCCGCUGUGCUGCCACCAUGCCGGGCCUGCUGCUGGGGGACGAGGCGCCCAACUUCCAGGCGGACACCACGCACGGCCCCAUCCGCUUCCACGAGUUCCUGGGCGACUCAUGGGGAAUCCUGUUCUCUCAUCCACGGGACUUUACCCCGGUGUGCACAACGGAGCUCGGCCGGGCAGCCAAACUCGCCCCUGAGUUUGCAAAGCGUAACAUUAAAAUGAUAGCUCUUUCCAUUGAUGAUGUGAACGACCAUCUUGCUUGGAGCAAGGACAUCAAUGCCUACAAUGGUGAGGCGGCCACAGAGAAGCUUCCAUUCCCCAUCAUCGCUGAUGCAAAGCGGGAGCUUUCAGUCCAGCUGGGGAUGCUGGACCCAGACGAGAAAGACAGCGCCGGCAUGCCUCUGACCGCUCGUGUCGUGUUUGUUUUUGGCCCAGACAAGAAACUCAAACUCUCUAUCCUCUACCCAGCAACAACAGGAAGAAACUUCGAUGAAAUACUAAGAGUAGUGGAUUCACUGCAGCUAACAGCCACUAAGAAGGUUGCUACCCCUGUUGACUGGAAGCCUGGGGAUCAGGUCAUGGUAAUUCCAAACCUACCAGAUGAAGAAGCGAAGAAACUGUUUCCGAAAGGGGUUUCCGCCAAAAAACUCCCAUCAGGCAAGAACUAUCUGCGUUACACCCCACACCCUCAGUAGCCGCUUUGAAGAGAGGUUCGGCAAGCCAGGAUCACAGGGACCUUUCUAGAACCAACUUUUCUAACACUCUUGUGUGGAUGCCUGUUUGGAGAAAUUAUUGCCAAGGAAAGAGUAGCCAAGCUCUUCUCUUUAGAUCCUCUCAGCUGAACACGGUGGCUGAAUAUCGCUGGUAUGAUUUAUAAUCUCAGCUAAUCAGUGUAGGCUUGUUCUAUAUGUGAUCAGUUGUCUUGGAUCUCUCCUUAGAAUUGAGUCUACAGCACUGUACCAUUAUAGAAGUAUUGAUUUAUUUUAAAUUUUCUGUUCUCCAGCCACAUGUGUACACUUUUAAAAUAACAGAUCUCUUCUGCACUGGAAAAAAUUAAAGUGGUGGAUAAACAAUAUAGAAAAUCAUGAGCCUCUGUUUAACACAAACAAACAUUAUGCUGUAAAGGCUGCAAGGAUCACAGGAAGUAAAACUUCUUGAGCAUAGCACAUAAGAAAUAAUGUGAGUGUGGAUCGUUUCCACAGCUGAAACUUGUGCCUUUAUUUCAACUUAAUCGACUAUAUUCACUCAAAGCCUAAUUUGGAAAUCUCAUGUUAACUUGGUUUAUGCUGUAUUGGGGGCAUUGACAGGUGGCUUUAGCAAGAAUUUGUGACAUGAUGCUUAUCUCCUUAUUCAGAAAAUAAAACGAAUUACUAAAA